GCCUUCCAAUAUCCUCCUUUACCCACUGGGCAAGACGCCAUCCGCAUCCUCACUCUCGAGCCUGGCGAGUUUAUGCAGCCGCUGACUUGUACCCUCGCGUCAACCGCUUUCGCUACAAGGCCAAAAUACAUCGCGCUCUCUUACACAUGGGGCCCUUCGUACCCCGGCAAUGCGAAGCUUCCAACAGUGCCUCAUUCCCCACAACCUUUAUUACCAGGCGCUGCGGCAUUACCAACGAGUCGAGAACAUUCGCCGCUAUCUGAUCGGCAACGGCAUUCAAAUGUAUCCAACCACUACCACUCCGAAUCUCAAAUGACAUUAGAAGGUCCAUCUAAAGCAGGCCACAUAAUGCUAAAUGGCCAACCUUUUCCUAUCCAGCAGAAUCUCCACCUUGCCCUCCUCCACAUCCGCUCCCUGACGCAUCCAAUAACCCUUUGGGUGGACUAUGUUUGCAUCAACCAAAAGGAUAUUGCGGAAGUAGCAAUGAUGUCCUUCAUCUAUACCCGAAUUCUCCAUGUGAUCGCCUGGCUUGGCACCCAAGAUUACCAGAGCUGGAGCGAUCCAUUCCGUGGUAUGGCAGCCGACUGGAAGGGCGGUCAUGGCCACCAAUUUGCGGCCGCUGUAGCUAAGGAUGCCAGACCUCACUGGUCAACGCCGGUGACUUGUAAGGUUCUCGCAAGACUUGUGGAGAGUGCAUACUGGACUAGACUCUGGAUUGUGCAAGAGGUGUGUCUGCCUCGCUCCCUGGUUCUCCUAUACGGCGCAAAGAUCUGGGCUUUUGAGGAUUUCCGGGAUUUCCGGGAGUGGGAAGUCCUGAAAUUGGAGAGAGCUAGGCAUUCACCCGCGGAUUUAAGAUGGGAUAAUUUGGGAGCCAUGCUGCAACGAGCGGAUACCAGGGAUGCUAGGCAUAGGGAAGAAACGAAGCUGGAGGUGCUUAUUGCAAAGUUCUCUAAGAGUGCGUGCUCG